AUGAGCCCGCCGUUGCAAACCGUCGUCGUCUCGUCCCAGAACCCCGUCAAGAUCGGCGCCGCCCGCGAAGGCUUCUCACGCAUGUUCCCCGACCGGAGCUUUGACGUCCGCAGUGUCAGCGUUCCCUCGUGCGUCCCCGACCAACCCUUCUCCGACGACCAGACGCUGCAGGGGGCCCUGAACCGGGCCAGCAACGCGCGCGCCGCCCACCCGGCCGCCGACUUCUGGGUCGGCAUCGAGGGCGGCGUUGACGACACUGGCGGCCGUGACGGCCCUAUCGAGUCGUUUGCUUGGGUCGUUGUCGCGGGCAGCGACGGCGGCGUUGGCCGGGCGCGCACGGCGGCGUACUACCUGCCCAAGGAGACGGCGAAGCUGCUGCGCGACGGCAUGGAGCUGGGCCACGCCGACGACCUGGUUCACGGACGUACAAACUCCAAACAUCACAGCGGCUCGGUGGGCAUUCUGACCGACGAUGCCGUGGACAGGGCGGGAUACUACACCCAAGCCGUCAUCCUGGCCCUCAUCCCUUUCAAGAACCCGAGCCUAACCUUUUCCCUGUAA